CACGGCUGAAUGCACUAUCGACAAGACGACCUGCGCAACCAGAGUCACAGUUGAGUUUCAAAACCACCUCGCUUUCUUUUCGUCUUUCUCAUGCUAUGUCGGUAAUCUGUGCCACUACGUGUCGUUCCGCGCUGCGUAUAAUUGACUGUGCUGCGUAACCUAGUCGAGCUGCCACCUCGAUUCAGCGGCUUGACUGUCAAUCAGACCUUCGAGCUUCCACAUUUUCUACUCCUUCUAGCCUUCAAUUGAACUUACAAGCUAGGAAAACUCGAAACCUCCCAGGCCUUACCAUGGGAGAUUCACGCCCAACGCAUGCUCACGCAGACACUGACGGUCACUUCCGUCGAAAAGAGAGCAGCUUCCGCGACUUCAUCUCCACAGAGCCAGGUGCCAAAUAUCCUCCCGAGAAAGAUAGGUACGCAGUUUACGUAAAUUACGGAUGUCCCUGGGCCCAUCGAACCAUCCUUGUCCGCGGCCUCAAAUCCCUCGAGCCCAUCGUCCAACUGAUCGUUACGGACUUCGACCUGACCGAGAACGGCUGGCUGUUCACCGGCCGCAACGGCUCCGACGCUGUCGACCCUCUCUACGGCUUUACCUGCCUGAAACAACUAUACCUCAAAGCCGAUCCACAUUACGAAGACCGCUACACAGUCCCUGUGCUAUGGGACAAGAAGACGCACACCAUCGUAAACAAUGAGUCCAGCGAGAUCAUUCGCAUGCUGUAUGACAGCUUUGACGAGUUCCUUGAGCCCGACCUGCGCGAGGCCAACAAGCCCGGCGGCGGCUUCUACCCUCAGCAUCUGCGCAAACAAAUUGACGAAAUGAACGAAUGGGUCUACAACACUGUCAAUAACGGCGUGUACAAGUGUGGAUUUGCCAUGACGCAGGAGGCCUACGACGCAAAUGUGUACCCGCUGUUCAAAUCCCUUGACAGGCUCGAAGCUCAUCUCGCAGACUCCACACAUCAGCCCUACUUGUUUGGCGAGCACAUCACCGAGGCCGACAUUAGGCUUUACACAACCCUUGCCCGCUUCGACGUCGCGUACUAUAACAUAUUCAAUUGCAACCUCAAGAUGAUCCGCCACGACUACCCCGGCCUAUCAAAGUGGUUGCGCAAUCUGUACUGGGACGAGUCCGACCGCACGAACGGCGGCGUUUUCAAAAAGACAACCUUCUUUGAGGCUUAUAAAUACGGCUACUUGCGGGCUAAGGGCCGCCAAACGCACGGUGGCAGCGAUCUGGGAUGGCCCGUGAUCAUCCCGCGUGGACCUGUGCCGGAUAUCGAGCCCCUCACUGACGAGGAGGAGCGAGAAAUUAUCAAUGGCGCGUCGAAGAAGCUCAAUGGGCUCAAGAUUGAUAACAAUGGUGUUGGUGCUAGCCCGACGAGCAAUAACCCGUUCUCGGCGGAGGGCAACGGGCGUGGCAUGGGAGCUAUGUUCGGCGCGGAUGUCGAUUCGCCAACUGACGGGGUCGGAAGCCCGAUGACGACCACCACGGUUGGGUCGCCGUCGGCCUCGAAGGCAGGUGACGACGACAACAAUAACAACGAGACUGGGUUCGACGAAAAUGGCGAGUUCCAUCCACGUAGGAUGAUCAAGCGCCGCACCACGUAUAAUGAGGAGAAUGCCAAAUGGUACAAGGCUGCAAAGAAGGCGGAGAAGAAGUUGGGUGCUCCGAGUAUGCAUCUGGCCUUGUAGUCGUGACAGGUGCAGGAAAGUUGAACCGGAAAGACGUGAAGAUUGACACCAGAAUGCUCGCGAAAAGUAUGGGACGUUCGGAUCUGAGAAAAGCCCAAUAUGAGACAGUCUAAUUCAUGAUAUUUAAUGACAUUGAGAUCAGGCUCAAUCUACCGUAAUUCAUGGGUAUGGC